GGAUUAUUAUGGGAUGUCUGCCCCCUUUGUGUGUUUGUGUGAGGAUGUUAGCUAAGCUGAGCCUGUAAGAGGUUGGGGAGAGAGAGAAGCAACGUGUUCUGGGUCAUGGGAGGAUCUUCUUUCUUUUCUUUUAUUAUUAUUAUGACCAUUAGGUUUAAUGAAUGAGCUCUAAAUGACAACAACAACAACAACAACAACAGGCUGACUUGUAUUUGUUCUUGCACAGAGAGAGAGAGAGAGAGAGCACACCUCGACCCGGGACUAUACUACACCCCCUCCCUCCCUGUCUUCCUGUGGACACCCCCGGUCGGUCCAUUCUCUCCCACAGUCCCACGUCAUUCUGCCUCCUCCCUGGCCGACCAGAGGAGCACACAACACCAAGGUUUAGGAGGAUUAAUCCGACCAGCAACCAGCAAACACAGUACAUUAUAAACGCUGCAGUAAUGUCGGGCAGCGAGGAUGAGAGGGAAGACUUUGGAGCUCCAGACGAGCCCUCACUUCUUCACGGUGAGGACGAGCCGGAGGAUGCUGUUGUGUCCGACUUGGAGGAGGUACCCAAGGCGAAGAAGAAGAAGAAAGCCAAGAAGAGCAGCCGAGAGAGCAGGAGCAGCAAGAGGCAGAGACCCGUCAGAGAGGAGUUGCCAGUCAGCUCCCCAGAGCGCCUGAUAGGAGUAGAAGCAGCAGAGAGAGAUGCAGAAGAGGGAGGCGUGCGGUCAGCGAGUGAAGGGAGUGAUUAUGCCCCUGGGAAGAAGAAGAAGAAACGCUCCAGCACUGCCAAAGAUAAGAAGAAAGGAGGUGCGGCAGCAGAGAAAGGAGGCUCAUCCAGCUCAAAGAGCAAACGUAAAGACCCAGAACCAGAAGACGAUGAGGAUGACGACGAUGAUUGCCAGCCUAAAAGCUCCACCCAGCUGCUGGAGGCCUGGGGCAUGAAGGACAUCGACCACGUCUUUACUCAAGACGACUACAGCUCCCUCACCAACUACAAGGCCUUCAGCCAGUUUGUCAGGCCUUUAAUUGCAGCAAAGAACCCCAAAAUUGCAGUGUCCAAGAUGAUGACUUUAAUGAUGGCUAAGUGGAGAGAAUUCAGCACCAACAACCCUCUUAAGGGUUGCGCCACUGCCAAUGCAGCCCUUGCAGCUGCCAAUGUGGCUGCAGCUGUGGAGAACAUGGUGGUGGCGGGGACAGACGGAGGGCCAGAGACCGGCGCCGCCGCUUCACCUGCAACCCCUCCUGCUCCUGCUCCUGCCCCCGCUCCGGCACCUGCUGCACCCCCAGCAGUCCCGGCACCUCCGCUCCGCAAGGCCAAGACCAAAGAGGGCAAAGGUCCCAACGCUCGCAAGAAGUCGAAGCCCACGCCUAAGCCUCAGCCCAAGCCCAAGCCUAAGAAGGUGGCUCCACUCAAGAUCAAACUAGGGGGCCUCAACAGCAAGAGGAAACGCUCCUCUAGUGAUGAAGAUGAACCCGAGGUUGACAGUGACUUUGACGAUGGCAGUUUCUCUGUGUCGGAUGGCUCCAACCGCAGCAAUCGUCCUAAGAAGAAACCCAAGAGUGCGAAGAAAAAGAAGAAAGAGACGGAGGAAGGCGAUGGCUACGAGACAGACCACCAGGACUACUGUGAGGUGUGCCAGCAGGGAGGAGAGAUCAUUUUGUGUGACACCUGUCCCAGAGCGUAUCACAUGGUCUGUCUGGACCCCGACAUGGAGAAGGCCCCUGAGGGCAAGUGGAGCUGCCCACACUGUGAGAAGGAGGGGAUCCAGUGGGAGGCCAGGGAUGAGCUCUCUGAGGCCGAAGGGGAGGAUGAAGAAGACAGGAGGGACGAAGGGGUGGAGGAGGAAGACGACCACCACAUUGAGUUCUGCCGGGUGUGCAAGGACGGCGGGGAGCUGCUUUGCUGUGACACCUGCCCCUCCUCCUACCACAUCCACUGCCUCAACCCUCCUCUCCCUGAAAUCCCCAAUGGAGAGUGGAUCUGCCCCCGCUGCAAGUGUCCACAUAUGAAGGGCAAAGUCCAGAGGGUUAUAACAUGGCGAUGGGGAGAGCCGCCAGCCCCCACGCCUGUCCCUCGACCUGCUGACCUCCCUGCUGAUGCUACUGAUCCCCCGCCAUUGGCUGGCCGCAGGGAGAGGGAGUUCUUUGUCAAAUGGUGCAACAUGUCCUACUGGCACUGCUCCUGGGUGCUGGAGCUGCAGCUGGAGCUGAACUGCCAGGUGAUGUUCCGUAACUACCAGAGGAAAACUGACAUGGAUGAACCGCCGCCGGUGGAUUUUGGAGGCGAGGGUGACGAAAACAAAAGCACCAAGAGGAAGAACAAGGAUCCCCUCUUUGUCCACAUGGAGGAGGAGUUUUACCGCUAUGGAGUCAAGAUGGAGUGGCUGAUGAUCCACCGCGUCGUCAACCACAGUGUUGAUAAAAAGAACAACGUGCAUUACCUGAUCAAAUGGAGAGAUCUGCCCUAUGACCAGUCAACCUGGGAGAGCGAAGACAUGGACAUCCCGGAGUUUGACACCUACAAACAGACAUACUGGAAUCACAGAGAGCUGGUGAUGGGUGACGAGGGCAGGCCCGUUAAGAAGCUGAAGAAGACGGUCAAAAUCAAGAAGGCAGAGCGUCCACCUGCUAAUCCAGUAGUAGAUCCCACCAUCAAGUUUGAUCGGCAGCCCGACUACCUGGACAGCACAGGAGGCACUCUGCAUCCCUACCAGCUGGAGGGGCUGAACUGGCUGAGGUUUUCUUGGGCUCAGGCCACAGACACAAUCCUGGCUGAUGAGAUGGGGUUAGGAAAGACUGUACAGACUGCUGUCUUCCUCUACUCAUUGUACAAGGAGGGUCACUCCAAAGGUCCCUUCCUGGUUAGUGCUCCGCUGUCCACCAUCAUUAACUGGGAGAGAGAGUUUGAGCUGUGGGCCCCUGACAUGUACGUGGUGACCUAUAUAGGGGACAAAGACAGCAGGGCCGUCACCAGAGAGAACGAGUUCUCCUUUGAGGGAAACGCCAUCCGAGGCGGGAAAAAAGCAUCCAAGAUGAAGAAAGACUCAACAGUCAAGUUCCACGUCCUGCUGACGUCCUAUGAGUUGAUCACCAUUGACCAGGCUGUGCUGGGCUCCAUUGAAUGGGCCUGUCUGGUUGUGGACGAGGCUCACAGGCUCAAAAACAACCAGUCCAAGUUCUUCCGUAUAUUGAACAACUAUCCGCUGCAACACAAGCUGCUGCUAACAGGCACUCCUCUCCAGAACAACCUGGAGGAGCUCUUCCACCUGCUGAACUUCCUGACACCAAUGAGAUUCAACAACCUGGAAGGCUUCCUGGAGGAGUUUGCAGAUAUUGCCAAAGAGGACCAGAUCAAGAAGCUCCACGACAUGCUGGGACCACACAUGCUCAGGAGGCUGAAGGCUGAUGUUUUCAAACACAUGCCUUCAAAGACUGAGCUCAUUGUUAGAGUGGAGCUGAGCCCCAUGCAGAAGAAAUACUACAAGUUCAUCCUAACACGUAACUUUGAGGCCCUGAACACUCGUGGAGGAGGAAACCAGGUGUCUCUGCUCAACGUGGUGAUGGACCUGAAAAAGUGCUGCAACCACCCCUACCUCUUUCCAACAGCCGCCAUGGAGGCACCAAAACUUCCAAACGGCAUGUAUGAGGGCAACGCGCUGACCAAGUCUUCAGGAAAACUGACGCUGCUCCAGAAGAUGAUGAGGAAGCUGAAGGACGGAGGCCACAGGGUUCUGGUCUUCUCCCAGAUGACUAAAAUGCUGGACCUGCUGGAGGACUUCCUGGAGAACGAGGGAUACAAAUAUGAGAGAAUUGAUGGAGGAGUCACGGGCAACUUGAGACAGGAGGCCAUCGACCGCUUUAAUGCGCCCGGUGCUCCCCAGUUUGCUUUCCUCCUCUCAACCAGAGCUGGUGGUUUGGGCAUUAAUCUUGCCUCUGCUGACACCGUCAUUAUCUACGACUCAGACUGGAACCCCCACAAUGACAUCCAGGCGUUCAGCAGAGCUCACCGUAUCGGCCAGAACAGGAAAGUGAUGAUUUAUCGCUUCGUCACCAAGGCCUCUGUGGAGGAGAGGAUCACGCAGGUGGCAAAGAAGAAGAUGAUGCUCACUCAUCUUGUGGUGCGACCAGGUCUCGGUUCCAAGACGGGCUCCAUGUCCAAGCAGGAGCUCGAUGAUAUCCUCAAGUUUGGAACGGAAGAGUUGUUUAAAUAUGAACUCGGAAUGGGGGACAACAAGGAGGAUGACAGCAGUGUGAUCCACUACGAUGACCACGCUAUUGACCGUUUGCUGGACAGGAACCAGGAUGCCACAGACGACACUGAGCUCCAGAGCAUGAACGAAUACCUCAGCUCCUUUAAAGUGGCCCAGUAUGUGGUCAAAGACGAAGACGAUGAGGAGGAGGUGGAAAGAGAGGUGAUCAAGCAGGAGGAAAGUGUUGAUCCUGACUACUGGGAGAAGCUGCUCCGUCACCACUACGAGCAGCAGCAGGAAGAUCUCGCUCGAAAUUUAGGCAAAGGCAAAAGAACUCGAAAGCCAGUCAACUACAAUGACGGCUCCCAGGAGGACCGAGGUAUAAGACAAGAUUGGCAGGAGGAUCAGUCCGACAACCAGUCUGAUUACUCGGUGGCCUCGGAGGAGGGCGACGAGGACUUUGACGAACGGGCUGAAGCGAAUGCCCGCAGACCGAACCGCAAAGGGUUGAGGAACGAUCGGGACAAACCUCUGCCGCCGCUGCUGGCCAGAGUGGGCGGGAACAUCGAGGUUUUGGGCUUCAAUGCACGGCAGAGGAAGGCGUUCCUAAAUGCAGUGAUGCGUUAUGGGAUGCCGCCCCAGGAUGCUUUCACCAACCAGUGGCUGGUCAGGGACCUCCGAGGGAAGUCUGAGAAAGAAUUCAAGGCCUACGUGUCUCUGUUCAUGCGUCACCUUUGUGAGCCGGGGGCUGAUGGAGCUGAGACCUUUGCAGACGGUGUCCCACGUGAGGGUCUGUCAAGGCAACACGUGCUCACCCGUAUUGGUGUGAUGUCACUUAUAAGGAAAAAGGUGCAGGAGUUUGAGCAUGUGAACGGUCAGUGGUCGAUGCCCUGGAUGGCAGAGCUGGAGGAGAACAAAAGGGCUGCGGCUUUGGCUGCAGGUGAAGACCCAAAGACUCCUUCUACUGGGACCCCUGCAGACACACAGCCCAACACUCCUGUUCCAGAAGAUUUGUCUAAAUCAGAGGACAAGGAAGACAUGAAGAAGGACGGCGAGGAUGGCAAAGGAGCCAAGAAGGCAGAUGAUCCGGAGAUUAUUGAAAUCCCAGAUGAAUCUGAAAAAUCCCCCGCCCUCGAAAAGAAAGAAGAGGAGGUAGACUCCGCUGCAGAGAAGGAGACAGGGAAUGGAGAUGAAGUCAAGGAGAAGGAGGCGGAUGACACGAGCAAGGAGAAAGAAGAGAAGGACAAGACGUCGGAGACGGAGAAGGAGAAGGAGAAGGAGAAGGAGAAGGAGAAGGAGACACCUGCUGAGGUCAAGGCUGAAGGUUCGGAGGGCAAGACCGAACCAGAGGAGGACAAGUCUAAAGCUGAGGAGGGAAAAGAUGAGAAGAUGGACACCAGUUCGCCAACAGAGGAGAAGAAAGAGCAAAAAGAGGAAAAGGAUGCAGUGAAAACAGACGAGUCUGGCAAACUGCAGAACGGAGAGAACACCAAAGAAGGAGCAACAGCUGCGCCGGUGGUUAACGUUAGUGAAGAGAAGAAAAAAGCCACCAAGCAGAGGUUCAUGUUCAACAUCGCUGAUGGAGGAUUCACAGAGCUUCACUCUCUGUGGCAGAAUGAAGAGCGGGCGGCCACCGUCACCAAGAAGACCUUUGAGAUUUGGCACCGUCGCCAUGACUACUGGCUGCUGGCUGGAAUCAUACAACACGGCUACGCUCGGUGGCAGGAUGUGCAGAACGAUGUGAGGUUUGCCAUCCUCAACGAGCCCUUCAAAGGGGAGAUGAGCAGAGGCAACUUCCUGGAGAUCAAGAACAAGUUUCUGGCCCGCAGGUUCAAGUUAUUGGAGCAGGCGUUGGUGAUCGAGGAGCAGUUGCGCAGGGCAGCCUACUUGAACAUGACGGAGGACCCGGCCCACCCCUCCAUGGCCCUCAACACUCGCUUCAGUGAGGUGGAGUGUCUCGCCGAGUCCCACCAGCACCUCAGCAAGGAGUCCAUGUCUGGAAACAAGCCUGCCAAUGCAGUUCUGCAUAAAGUUCUCAAACAGCUCGAGGAACUGUUGAGCGACAUGAAGGCUGACGUCACACGUCUCCCGGCAACCAUCGCCAGGAUACCCCCCGUCGCCGUGCGGCUGCAAAUGUCCGAGAGGAACAUCCUUAGCCGACUGGCCAGCCGGGCCCCCGAGGUUACCGCUCAGAACCAGUCACAGACCUCACAGCAGAUGCAGGUGCCGCGCUGACCAAUCACCAUUUUACUCUCACUGACUGAGGCUAGUCGCCCUCACCUCACCGCCAUGUAGCAGACGUCCUCCCCCUUAACCACCAUGUACAGCACAGUCAGGUUAGUCCUCCUCGUUCUGCACCCACAACCCAUCUCCGGACUCAGAAGAGCAUCAGCUUAACUGCUGGACUUUGAUUUGAGAAGACUGCAGAUGUAGGAUGGGAGCGAAUGGAAACAAGUCUUUCUCCUCCACUGGGAUUCAGAUUUAACUCCUGUAACCUGAGCACUGUCGUUGUGACUGAACUGCGGGGCAGCUCCCACUGACCUGUCCUGUUCUGUCCUUUACAGCAGGGUCAAACAUGUGUAUGUAACUAUAAGUAACAUGAAGAAGAUAGACUGGAGAAAAAGCAGCAUGCUCGGAGUAUACUGGUGCUUUGUAGUCAUUUUUGGAUUAUUGAAGAUUUCAAGGGAUUUUAUUGUGUUCAUUUUCACCUUUAGAAAAUUGUGAAACUUUUUUUUAAAAAAGUCAUUAAACUCUAGUCCUCACCUGUAUGUGUGUGUGUAGAGAGAGAGUAUGUGUUUCCUGUAUGUGUGUGUAUAAAACAGGGCAUAUUAAUGUGCACCUCUACUGCAGAGUCCCCCUCCCGCCCCCCUGCCGACGCUGAGAGACUGUCACUGUCACUUUUCUAUCAGUCACUCAGAUCGGUUACCUCUUCUUGCGUCCUUGCCCUCCAUCCCAAACCUCCACCCCUCUCGUCAGGUGACCAGAUCCAGGAUCAGCUCUCUGUGCUCAUACCACCCAACCAGCACCUCGACAUUCCUAAACUGCGCCACAGAUUUGCUCCCUGGAAACUCUCCCGUGUUUUUUCCCGAAAUACGGACAUGCAAUAGCUCCACAGCUUUUAGGUGAUGGUUUGGAGAACGAUUAAUUUAAUUUCUUACUGUAUAUUGUUAUGUUGUUUUACAUUAUUGAAUAUAAUUAUUAUGGUUACCACCUUGUUGUUUUUAUCAUCGCUGUUUGUUUUUAUGAACUACAAUAAAAAGUCAACAGUU